AUGUCUCUGAGAGCCAAUCAGAAGCCGCCAGCUCACAGCGCAUCCCGGAAGACAAGAUGGCGGCUGCGAGGAACGGGAAGAGCGGCAUCCUGGAGAAGUGGAGGAUCGAUGAGAAACCAGUAAAGAUCGAUAAAUGGGACGGAGCCGCUGUGAAGAACUCUCUGGAUGAUGCUGCUAAGAAGGUGCUGCUGGAGAAGUAUGGUUACGUGGAGAACUUCGGGCUGGUGGACGGCCGUCUGGUCAUCUGCACGGUCUCCUGUCUGUUCGCCAUGCUGGCUCUGGUCUGGGACUUCCUGCACCCGUUCCCCGAGUCCAGACCGGUUCUGGCCUGCUGCGUCAUCUCGUACUUCAUCAUGAUGGGCAUCCUGACUCUCUACACCUCCUACAAGGAGAAGAACAUCUUCCUGGUGUCUCUGCAGAAGGAUCCGGCUGGAAUGGAUCCAGAUCACACCUGGCAGCUCUCCUCCUCCCUCAAACGGUUUGAUGACCAGUACUCUCUCAGAGUUUCCUUCUCUGAUGGAAAGUCGAGGAACUUCCGUGAAGCCGAGUUCACCAAGUCUGUGUCGGAGUUCUUCGACGACAACGGGACGUUGUCCAUGGACCAGUUUGAGAAGUGCGUUUCUAAACUCCACGACACGCUGGCCUCCGACAAGAAGACCAAAUAAUCACCGGAUCAAUACAUCAGUACCUCAAUACAUCAGUCCAUCAGUACUUUAGUAACAUGAGUAAAUCAGGUAGUUUUUGGUCUUUGGCUUCAUUCAAACGUCAGAAUCAUCUGUACCUGUUAAAGCAGCUUCUGGUGAUGCGUUCAGGGGCUCUCAGAGAUUUGAGAGUCGAUCUCAGCUGCAACAAUUGAACUUUAAAAUUUACAAAAGAAUCUUCUGAAAGCACAAAGUGUCUGAUUUUGUUCAGAGCUUUCUGCUGCAUGGUGUGUCCUUCAUCAGAGCGUCCACUGAAGAAGACCACACGCUGCGGCUGAAAGCUCCCACACAGUUUCCUUCAUGUCUCUGAUCCAAAGGCACCUAAAAGAUAAUGUCAGUGAUAUUUAGAAUAUUUCUCCUCUUAACUUCCUGUUGUCUCUGAUCUCUUCACACCAGACUCCAUUGAUACAAUCAGCUGUUUGUCUCAGCGGAGACAUGAGGACAUUUACCAAACCAUUUAUUGAUCUGUUAUCAACAGUUUCACUGAUUUCUAACUUCCUGGAUGUUCACUCAGCUCCAUCCCAUAAUAACAACAUCUCAGCUCCACUUCCUGUGUUUAUGAAUUAUUUCAGCUCAUAGCUUCAUAACUUCUCUGUUUGUAUCUGAAAUCACAACAACCCUUCAGACUGGAUGUUUUCCAUGUGACAUCACUUGUGGGCGGGGCCAUGUGAGGAGGAAUCACCUGUGAGGUCACAUGGGAGGAAACAAGCCACCUGAUUGGUCACAAUGGGAUCAUGUGGCCUAAAACAUAAGAAAUAAAAUAAUGCAGGAAAAAGAUUCCUCGACUGUUUGAGGUUUUUGUUUUUGUCUGAUUUAACGUCAGAUUAGCUUAGUUAGCAUCUGUGAGUAAACCAGCCACGCUAACGGUGCGACGUGUUGAUGCCUUACAAACAGGAAGUGGAGCGAACGUUAACCAAACUUUACUUUGAAUGUUUUCUUCUCAUUUCUCUGGAAACAGUUUGUGAAAUAUUAAAGAUGGAGAUUGUUACAGAAACAA